GCUCAAGGAAGGAUCUAUGGUAAACUUAAAGAAGAAAACUUCUUUGGACCCAAGGAAGAAGUAAAACUUGAGGCUCAUAUUAAAGUUCCAUCAUAUGCCGCUGGUCGUGUUAUUGGCAAGGGUGGCAAAACUGUUAAUGAGCUACAGAAUCUUACAAGUGCAGAAGUAGUUGUGCCCCGUGAUCAAACCCCAGACGAAAAUGAUCAAGUGGUUGUAAAAAUAACAGGUCAUUUUUAUGCAAGCCAGCUUGCUCAGAGGAAAAUUCAGGAAAUAUUGGCUCAAGUGCGGCGCCAACAACAGCAGCAGCAGAAGACCGCACAAAGUGGACAGCCUCAACCGAGACGAAAAUAA